AUGGCUCAAAUGAAUCCCGAAUUUAUGGAGGCGCUAUCCGCAAUGAUCGCGCAAGCCCUCAAAGCAUCCAUCGCGGGUGCCAUCGAUCAGGUCAAUGCUGGUCAACAGGUUCCGGCCGGAGACGCUGCUGCUCCAUCGCCGAAAGUACCACCGUUCACAAUGCCAGAGUACCGUCCAUCCGAAGGAACGUCCGUCGCUGAUUACUUCAACCGAUUCGAGUGGGCAUUGCAGCUGAGUCACAUUCCAGAAGACCAGUUUGCACCCUUUGCACGAGUUCACAUGGGAGCUGAACUCAAUAACACUUUGAAAUUCCUUGUUACACCCCGUGAUCCUGCUGAGAUUCCCUAUACCGAGUUACGUAACACCCUGGUCAACCACUUCGAUCGUGCGAAAAAUAAAUUCGUCGAGAGCGUCAAAUUCAGACACAUCAUACAGCAAAAGGACGAAACCGUCGCACAGUUCGUUCUUCGUUUGAAGCAAGGUGCCGCCUACUGCGAAUAUGGCGAUUUUCUGGACCGGAUGUUGAUCGAACAACUUCUACACGGACUUGAAGCACGAGAUAUCUGUGACGAAAUCAUCGCGAAAAACCCGGAAACGUUCAACGCUGCGUACGACAUCGCGCACAUGCUGGAAGCAACCCGGAACACGACACGAGAAGUCAACACGUUCACACAAUUGACGUAUUCAGAAGCUACUAACAAACUUGGCUACGAGAAGCCGAGAGCUAAGAAACCCCAACCUUAUCAUCCCACGACAUCCUCUCACCGGGAACAACAAGAAAAUAAAUCAGACGACAGAUAUCGAACCAAAAGUCACCCGAACAAUGCUGGUGGAUCAGGUUCCUGCAACGGCUGUGGUGGACAGCAUCUGCGGAGUCAAUGUCGUUUCCGUGACGUCACGUGCAACGUCUGUAACAAGAAGGGCCACAUAGCCAAAGUCUGCCGAUCAGGAAAAUCGAAGUCCCAAUACUCUUCCACCGAUCAGGUUCAAACUCAUGAAAAUCCAGCUUCAGAAGUCGACUUGAUACAGUCACUGAGUAAAAUCCACAAUGUCUCUUCAACCGGAAAGAAAAUGAUCAACGUCGCAAUCGACGGUCACCGCUUGCAAAUGGAACUAGAUACAGGAGCACCGUGUGGAAUCAUUGCUGAAUCGACGCUGAAAAGAAUCAAACCGAAGUUUUCUCUGCUACCAACAGACAGACAGUUCUCAAGUUAUACUGGUCAUAUCAUCAACUGUCUCGGUCGUCUUCCUGUGCAUGUAUCCAUCGGAUCUACAACGCGCAGACUGAAUUUGUACAUUGUGUCCGGAGAGUCCGACUCUCUCUUUGGGCGCGAAUGGAUCGCGCAAUUCGCUGACGAAAUCAAUCUGAAUCGAAUCUUCUCUUCAAACACAUCCGUCAAUUCACUUACGAGCACUGAACUUACUCCGGAUCAAGCAACGCAUCUGUCGGCUUUACUGGAUAACUUUGGUAGCAUCUUCAGCGAUGUUCCAGGAAAGCUCAUAGGACCAUCAGCGAAAAUUCAUCUAAAACCUAAUGUAUCUCCAGUUUUCGUGAAAGCACGAGACGUACCUCUCGCACUACGUGAUCGAUAUGCAGCGGAGAUCGACAAAAAACUCGCUUUAGGAUUCUACGAAAAAGUAGACUAUUCCGAGUGGGCAUCGCCGACCCAUAUCGUUGUAAAGAAAAAUGGAAACAUCCGAAUCACCGGUAACUAUAAACCGACUGUCAACCCAAGGAUGAUAAUUGACGAACAUCCGAUACCGAAAAUUGAAACGAUCUUCAACAAAAUGAAGGGAGCUGCUUUGUUUUGUCACCUCGAUGUAACCGAUGCUUACACGCACCUUCCAAUCGACAAUGAGUUUCGCCAUGUACUUACCCUCAACACUACGACGCAUGGGCUCGUUCGUCCCACAAGAGCUGUAUACGGAGCUGCUAAUAUACCAGCUAUUUGGCAACGACGCAUGGAGUCCGUUCUUCAAGGAUUAGAUAACGUCGUCAGCUUCUACGACGACAUUAUCGUUUUUGCACGAAACUUCGACGAGCUUCUGCUAGCUCUCACCGCAACACUUGAGAGGAUGAAGCAAAACGGUCUGCAGCUCAACAAAUCGAAAUGUGUCUUCGCUACACCAUCACUCGAAUGCCUAGGUCAUCGAAUAGAUCGUCAUGGUCUACAUAAAUCGGACAAGCAUAUCGAAGCCAUUCGUGAUGCACCACGACCGGCUACUCCGGAGGAACUGCAGCUGUUUUUGGGUAAGGCAACCUACUACAGCUCAUUUAUCCCCAAUCUUUCUUCUAGAGCCAGACGUUUACGUGAUAUGUUGCUUGCUGAUACAUUUAAAUGGACACCCGAAGCAGACAUGGCCUAUCAAGACUUGAAACAGGUUCUAAUUUCUCCGCAAGUGCUGAUGCAGUACGAUCCAGCAUUACCGCUAAUCCUAGCAACAGAUGCCAGCAAAACUGGUCUCGGUGCCGUUCUAUCACACCGACUGAUCAACGGAACGGAGCGACCGAUAGCAUACGCCAGUUGUACCAUGUCCAACACUGAGCAAAAAUACCCGCAAAUCGACAAGGAGGCUCUCGCUAUCGUAUGGGCUGUAAAGAAAUUCUUCCACUAUCUGUACGCGCGUAAGUUUACGCUGAUCACGGAUCACAAGCCGCUUACACAGAUACUACAUCCAGAAAAGUCACUCCCCACACUUUGCAUUAGCCGAAUGGCGAACUACGCUGAUUAUCUGGCUCACUUCAACUUCGAUGUGGUCUACAAGCCAACCAGUCAGAACACAAACGCUGAUUACUGUUCCAGAAUUCCAAGUCAAUCUACACAAACCGAUGUCGACAGAUUAUCUCUGCACGAGGGAAGGAAUAACGAAGACGAAUUCGAACAAUUUGCUUUAAACCAGAUCCAGCAGCUGCCAGUGCGCGCUGAACACAUUGCACGCGAGACACGAAAAGACCCUCAUCUUGGAAAGAUUUAUCGAGAGCUGGAAUUAGGACGAAAUCUCGCGCAGUCAAACUACAAGGCCCCGGAAGUAAAAUACACCCUAGCUGCCAACUGUUUACUUUUCGAACAUCGUGUCGUCAUACCACCAACUUUGCGUGAAGCAAUCCUGAAUGACCUACAUGCGGCACACAUCGGAGUCGUCAAAAUGAAAGGACUAGCACGUUCCUUUGUAUACUGGCCAAGAAUCGAUGCAGACAUCGAACGUACAGCCAAAUCCUGUACAGAAUGCGCACGACAUGCACCAGCACCACCGAAAUUCAGCAGUCACCAUUGGGAGUAUCCAAACGGUCCGUGGGAGCGUAUCCAUGUCGACUACGCAGGCCCAGUGGCGGGUGCGAUGCUGCUAAUCGUCGUUGAUGCAUAUAGCAAGUGGGUGGAAGUCAAAAUCGCCACCUCAACAACAGCAGCUGCUACUAUCAACAUUCUCGACACAUUAUUCGCUGCUUACGGAGCACCUAUCACCCUUGUAUCGGACAACGGUCCACAAUUCACUGCCGAGGAAUUCAAGACGUUUCUCCAGCGAGGCGGUGUAAAGUAUCACAAGUUUUCUGCACCUUACCAUCCAGCUACGAACGGGCAGGCCGAGCGCUACGUACAGACAAUAAAAAGAGCACUGAAGGCGAUGGGAACGACAACCAACACUUUGCAAGCCAACUUAAACGAGUUCCUGCAACAGUACCGAAAAGCUCCACAUGCCGAAACCGGAGAAUCACCAGCGAAAUUGUUUCUAGGUCGAAACAUCCGAACACGGUUGGAUCUAGUUAGACCACUAGAUGCCAGCACAAAGGUUUCUGAAAAACAACAAGCAUCGUUUAACUCUUCGUUCCGGUCAUUCACCCCAGGACAGCGAGUUUAUUGUCUAUCAGGAAAUCCUCGAAUGGAUAAGUGGAUUCCGGGAAUUAUUGCUGCUCGAUUGGGAGAUUUGUACUACGACAUUAUUUACGAAGGUAAACAUCUCAAACGUCAUAUUGAUCAGAUUCGACAUUUCCACGACAAAGAUUAUAACGAAAGGUACAUACCAAUUGCGAACGAACCAAUGUUAUGCGAAUCAGGUGACAAAUCCCGUAGGAUGCAUUUUUACGGAGGUAUCAUGACGUCACGCCAGCCGACAAUCAACGAACGAUCCAGUUCAAUGUCAGAGUCGUCUUCCAAUUGGACGGAUACGCCAGAUGCACGGUUCUUGACACCGAGUAACAGUCCGGAGCGAUCAAGUGAGAACUCAUCACCUAUGCUACGCCGUUCAGACAGACAGCGUCGUCCCCCUCUUCGAUUUUCUCCGUAG